UUUACCGUUUAAGAUGCACUAAAUCACGAGUGUGUAAUUGAUGUAAAAAGCAGGGAAACGGGUAUAAAAUCUCUAAUUCUAUUUUAAACUGAAACGCCGCACAGCAAUAGAGCAUAAAGCGAUAUAGUACUGCAGUUUCGUUUAAUAAUAGUACUUAUUCAGUAACAUGUGAAUUUUCAUCGAUUAACCUUCACUUGCAUAUCUAUCUCACAUCAUCAUGAUCAUCAUAUUAACACGGAUGUAAUCAAAAGACAUAUAUAUAUAAAUACAAAUGUAUUAUAUAAUGUGAACAUUUUCUUCACCAUGUUGUAUAUAUACGCAUCGAGAGAAGAGACUCGCAGACAUUGCAUUGGCUACCGCCCGCGAAGAAGUUCAUUCCAAUUUUCUUCACCUAUUGCACAUGAAAAUUUGCUGAAAAAAUCAUCGUACAACAUGAGUUUGCAAGAUAUCGUCGAACCAGAAAUGGUGGAGGAAUUGCUAGUGUCCCAUUUGAAAGAAAAUAAUAUAUCUUGCGAGAAUCCACGAGCUUGGACUAUUCGUUAUUCGAAUUUGGGUGGCCGUGGCAUGUUCGCCACUCGCGAUAUAGCGGCGAAUGAAUUGAUUUUCAUAGACGCACCUUUGAUAGUCGGGCCAAGGUGCGUGGGCAAACAUUUAGAAAUGUGCGUGUGCUGUUAUAAGAGCGAAUGUCCGUUAUUUCCAUGCGAUCGGGGCUGCGGUUUGCCAAUCUGUUCACUAGAAUGCGAAAAUUCGCCGAAGCACGUGAAUUACGAGUGCAACUACUUAAGAUCAUUGGUACCGACUUGUGGGACCGAUUGGUCUUUGAAUUUGUUACUGGCAGUGAUACCGAUACGCGCGCUCUUCAUGACUGAGCAGCAACGUAAAUGCUUGGCCGCUCUUCAAUGCGAUCAAACUCUCACUUCUCAAUAUGAGAUCAAUCUUUUGCAACGAAAUGUGGAAAAGUCCCCGAGCGAGGCAGAUGUGGAAUUAAUGAAACGAGUGUGUGGAGCAUUUAACUCAAAUUCAUUUGAAACGGUUAGCGUACUUGAUAAGGAUCAUUCGACCAGUUUGCGUGGACUAUAUCCCUUAGGAGCGCUACAGAAUCACAAUUGCGCACCAAAUACCAGACAUCAUUUCGAUGAAAAUUAUCGACUAUAUGUUAGCGCUACUGUUCCAAUUUCCGCUGGAGAAGAACUUACUAUGUCUUACACGAGUUUGUUCUGGGACACGACAUUGAGAAGACAAUUUUUAAGCAUCACCAAACACUUUUCCUGUACGUGCAAACGGUGCAGCGAUCCUACGGAAUCUGGAUCAAUGUUAUGUGCACUCUUGUGCGCGUUUGACAAUUGCUCAGGGAAUCUGUUACCUCGAGAUCCUCUUAGGAUUGGAACUCCAUGGGUCUGCGACAUGUGUGGGAAGAGUAUCAACUAUCGACAGAUAUGUUCGAUCCGUUCAGGUCUAGCGGCUAUAACGGAAGAAGCACUGUACAAAAGUCCGCGAGAGAUUUUCAAGUUUAUGCAAAAGGAACUUUUUCGUAUAGUUCCUCUGAGUAAUUAUCUCAUUAUAGAUAUGAAGUUUCGAAUUAUUUCGUAUUAUGGUAGAACUGAAGGUCUCGAAUGGGCAGAUUUAACCGAUGUCGAGUUGGAUACAAAAUCAGAAUACUGUAACGAUUUGCUUUCUAUAUUAGAUGUUUUAAAUUGUGGCGAUUGUAAAAAGAAAGGUCUUAUUUUGUACGAGUUGUAUUGUACAAACCUUGAAAAAUUUAAACGACUUCGACAAGAAGACACUGCAAAAAUACGGGCUGAUGAAAAUCAACGUUUGUUAGAGAAAGCAAUGAUUAUAUUGCAAAACGAUGUUGUUUCAGCUGCAAUUAUUAAACAUGAUCAGAAAUACUUUAAACAAUGUUAACUGUUAUUUAAAAAGUAAUACAAAUAAAAAUAGAUAUGUUCUGACAACACAACGAUUCAAUUUUCAUGUUGGAGUCAGUAAAAUAUUUCAGGAAAAUUAGUAUUAUUGAAAGUGAGUGAUUUAGUGUUAAAGUUGAAAAGUAUCGAAAUUUUAAAAGGUUAAUUUCAUAAAAUUUCAUUAAAUAAAAAAACAAAUACAUAUAAACAAAUUACAUUCAUCGAAUGUACAUGAUUCGUUACAA